AAUCACACCGUCGGGGAACUUUAAAUUCUCGUCCCUUUGCAAUCGACUUUUUGUUGAAUUACUUCUUGAUUUUUGCUCAUUUGAAAAGAAUGCUCUUUGCUUCUACAUACUUAUUUUUGUGCAGUUUGCAGGUCUCUCGUAUGGCCGAUUGGGAUUACGCAGAUGCUAAAGAUCAAUACGUGGAUGAUGAGAUUGACUACAAGGAUCCCUGCAAAGCUGCUGCCUUUUUGGGAGACAUUGCCUUGGAUGAAGAAGAACUCCUCAUGUUUAAAGACUAUUUCAGAACAGAAAGUGCACGACGGAAUCAGACAGCCUCAGUUAACAUCUCCACUUCCAAUGAGAUAGUCAGAAGUAAGAGAUCCGCAGAUAGACUGCGCUACCGUCAGCAUAAUAGCAAGAGGAGGAAGAGGGCAGCCACCUCCAGAUCUGAGCGAAUUUGGCCCGAUGGCAUCAUCCCGUAUGUGAUCAGUGGUAAUUUCAGUGGGAGUCAGCGGGCCAUUUUCCGACAGGCCAUGCGUCACUGGGAGAAGCACACUUGUGUAACGUUCUCAGAGAGGAUGACGGAAGAAAGCUACAUUGUCUUCACUUACAGACCUUGCGGGUGUUGUUCCUACGUGGGAAGGAGAGGAGGUGGUCCUCAGGCCAUCUCAAUCGGGAAAAACUGUGAUAAAUUCGGCAUCGUGGUGCACGAACUCGGACAUGUGAUCGGUUUCUGGCAUGAACACACGCGGCCCGAUCGCGAUGAGCACGUGAGCAUCAACAGAGACAACAUUCAACCAGGACAGGAGUACAACUUUUUGAAAAUGGAACCGGGUGAAGUUGACUCACUUGGGGAAGUGUACGACUUUGGCAGCAUCAUGCAUUAUGCCAGGAAUACGUUCUCCAGAAGUGUAUUCUUGGAUACAAUCUUUCCACGUUAUGACGUUAACGGAGUUCGACCCCCUAUUGGACAGAGGCUAAAACUCAGUAAAGGAGACAUUGAACAAGCACGUAAACUCUACAAAUGCACAAGAUGCGGGGAGACUUUGCAAGACAGUGCUGGAAACUUCUCCUCCCCUAAUUUUACCAAUGGCUACUCUGCGUAUAUUCAUUGUGUAUGGAGGAUCUCUGUCACACCUGGAGAAAAGAUUGUUCUGAAUUUCACUUCCAUGGAUGUCUUCAAGAGUCACUCAUGCUGGUAUGACUACGUAGAGGUCCGAGACGGCUUCUGGAAAAAAGCUCCGUUGAAAGGUCGUUUUUGCGGAGACGCGAUCCCAGAUGCUAUUGUCUCAAGUGACAGCAGACUUUGGAUUGAAUUUAGAAGCAGCAGUAGCUGGUUGGGUAAAGGCUUCUCGGCCAUUUACGAAGCAGCCAUCUGUGGCGGGGAGGUGGAGAGGGACAGUGGCCAGAUCCAGUCCCCUAAUUAUCCUGAUGAUUACCACUCCAACAAAAUGUGUGUGUGGAAAGUCACGGUGCCAGAAGGUUAUGAAGUGGGUCUCACUUUCCAGUCAUUUGAGCUUGAGAGUCACGACAGCUGCGCUUACGACUACGUGGAAGUGAGGGACGGCGACUCGGCACACGGCCCACUCCUGGGCCGCUUCUGUGGCUACGACAAACCAGACAACAUCAAAAGCAGCACCAACCAGCUCUGGCUAAAGUUCGUAUCUGACGUCUCGGUCAACAAGGCCGGGUUCUCGGCCAGUUUCUUUAAAGAAAUGGAUGAAUGUUCCCGACCUGAUCAUGGUGGCUGUGAGCAGCAUUGUCUGAAUACUCUGGGCAGCUACAGAUGUGCCUGUGACGCUGGAUAUGAACUGGCUACCGACAGGUCAAGCUGUGAGAAAGCAACCUGCGGCGGCUUUAUCAGCAAACUGAAUGGCUCCCUGACCACCCCUGGUUGGCCUAUGGAAUACCCUCCUAACAAAAACUGUGUGUGGCAGCUGGUGGCACCCAUCCAGCAUCGUAUCACUUUGGUUUUUGAUGUCUUUGAGACAGAAGGCAACGAUGUGUGUAAAUAUGAUUAUGUCGAGGUGCGCAGUGGCAUGAGCACUGAUUCAAAGCUUCAUGGGAAGUUCUGCGGAGCGGAAAAACCGGAGGCCAUCACCUCGUUGGAAAACAUCAUGAGAGUGGAGUUUAAGUCUGACAAUACUGUCUCCAAGAGAGGAUUCAAGGCUCGCUUCUUUUCCGAUAUGGAUGAGUGCUCGCAAGAUAAUGGUGGUUGUCAGCAACAAUGUGUGAACACCAUGGGAAGCUACAGAUGUCAGUGCCAUAGUGGCUUCGUUCUACAUGACAACAAGCAUGACUGCAAAGAAGCGGGUUGCGAUCUCGAGGUCAACGGCGCUUCAGGCGUAAUCAGCAGCCCCAACUGGCCUGAUAAGUACCCCAGCAAAAAGGCCUGCACCUGGACACUGUCCACUACUCCGGGCCAUCGAAUCAAACUUGCCUUCAACGAGAUUGAUAUGGAGGCUCAUGUGGAGUGUGCUUACGACCAUUUGGAAAUCUUUGAUGGGGUUGAUGUCCGUGCACCCAGUCUGGGUCGUGUCUGUGGUACCAAGAAGCCUUCUCCGGUCAUCUCCAGUGACAAUACAAUGUUCUUAAGUUUCUUCUCGGACAACUCUGUGCAAAAAAGAGGCUUUGAGGCUUCCUAUGCAGCAGAAUGCGGAGGAAGCCUUCGCGCCGAGGUCAAGACCAAAGAUUUGUAUUCUCAUGCACAGUUUGGAGACAACAACUACCACGGAGGCGCUGACUGUUUAUGGGUCAUCUCUGCUGAGAAGGGUUAUGGAGUGGAGCUGUCCUUUCAAGUUUUUGAGGUUGAGGAGGAGCCAGACUGCGGGUACGAUUAUGUCGAGCUGUACGACGGAGCUGACGUCAAGUCACCGAGGCUGGGGCGAUUCUGCGGUACCUGGGCUCCAGAAGAAAUCUACUCGGCUGGAGAUGCCCUGGUGUUAAAAUUUCACUCGGAUGACAGCAUCGGCAAAAAAGGUUUUCACGUACACUACACAAGCACAAAAUUCCAGGACACUCUGCACGUGAGCAAGUGACUUAAAAAAACUCUAAACCCGAACCUAAAUGCAGACUUGAAGCCAAUCAUUUUCUCCGCCACGCCCAUUCCAGCCAGGAGCAGACUUAUGGAACCAUACCACAAAGCCGCAAAUGUACCACUCACAUCUGUUAGAGCGAAGCCGAGCAGACAAAUUACAUAUUUACUCACUCUUUUACAGCUUUGGAUGAACACUAAGGACUACUUUUCGGUAAUGAUUCUUAGGGGUUUUGCCUCACGCAGUCUGUAAUGUGUUUUUGUAGCCUGGUAAGGAUUUUAAAUGCACAAAUGGUGGAUAAACAUGAGAUAUUUAAUACAAAAUACUGUAGCAUUGAUACUGUUGCACCGAUACUAGUAUCAGUAUCACUACCGAUACACAGUGGCGGUUCUAGGAUUUUUUUAAACGGGCCAAGAGGGGGCCAUAUGUAACAUUCAGUGUUUUGGUCAACAAGGCAAUACGCAGAUUAUCCUGUCUGUGGCGGUAAAAACAUCUUAUGAUGAACCAUUGUAGUUUACCUCAGUGACCUUGGCCCCCCAUCAAAGGCAUAUUUAUAUAAAAAUGAUGUCAGUCGUUUGUGCAGUAAAAGUUUAGUUUGUGCUGCUAUCGUUUUUGAGAUAUUUACAAUACUUUUAUAGGUCAAUCUGAGGUCAACCAGCCCCUCAUUUGAAUUAAAAAUGGCUAAAUAUAGUGUCAGUCGUUUGUGCUUUGUUUUUGCUAGUUUGUGCUGGAAAUUGUUUUGUUUGUGCAGCAGCGGUUUUGUAGUUAUUACACUUUUAAUUUGUAGUGAUGACGUUACGAAGCCCAUACACGGAGAUUAAGGGGGGUCUGGGGGGGAGUAGCUCCCGCCCCAGUGGCCUAAAAUGUCAUUGCAUAUACCGUAUUGGCCCGAAUAUAAGACGGUGUUUUUUGCAUUGAAAUAAAACUGAAAAAGAGGGUGUCGUCUUAUAUUCGCGGUCUAGACAUUAUACCCAUUCAUUCAUAUCAUUGAAGCGAUGUUCUGUCAUGACAGAUCUCAGCUACUCUCAAGUUUAACCAGUUUGCAUUAUUUUAUUGCAAUGUUUUUCCUUAUUCAGAUUUGUUUCAAGACUACAGUUAGACUUCACUUUGAUGGUUAAUGCAGUUAUUACAAUUUUGAUGUUUUAUCACAAUAGAUUGGUUUAUUUACAUUUCAAAAACCAGAAGCCAUUCAUUUACAAAUGUGAUUGCACUUUAGUUUACAUAUUUAAAUGUUCAGAUAUUAAGAUUUGAAUGAGGCAAAAUAACAUGCUUUUUCUUUCAAAAAUAUUGUUAUAAUCAUUUGUUUCGGAUGUACUGUAAUUAUUUUCUGUAUGAAAAUUAAUUUGGUGUUCAAAAAGUCUUUUCAAACUUGAGUCUUGAAAAAGAGGGGGUCGUCUUAUAAUCAGGGCCGUCUUGUAUUCGGGCCAAUACGGUAAUUUCCUAUAUUUGAAUUUAAAAUUAAGGCUUUGCCGGUAAAAUGUUAUCUAUAAAAGUUGUAAAGCAAUGAAACAGCAACAAAAAUGAACGAAAUGAACAAAAAAAUGUUUUUAGAAUGGGUCAAAAUUAUUUUUCAAACAGAUCCUGUGACUAGCACCUUACAGACGGUCAUUUGCUUUGCUUAGCCCCAAAAAAACACCUGAGGACAGAAGAGGCAAGAUGCAUAUACAUAUUUUUUUCUAAUCUAAGCUUUCAAAAGCGACAGCAACUACUGAGCAAAAACCAAGGAUUGAAGAUGUGGUCCGUGAAAUGCCGACGAGCACCGCCAAAAUGGUGAGGGGAGUUUCAGUUUCCUCCACUAAAGAUGUUAACCCUCAAAAAUGAUGGGAAACAAACAAAAAAAAACAACACUAAUUUUCCACGUAUUAUUAUAAAUGUUCCUGGCUGGAAUUUCAGUCAAAACGGAUGCGUCGUCUACUUCUCCACUAGAUAAGACAGAAAAACAUGCGCUCACACACGCACGCACAGACUCACAGCAGGGAUGCCUGUAUGUAUGAGCAUGGGCUAAGCUACUAUCCGAGCAUAUAUCUUGUAAGUCAGUUUUAUUGCUCACACUUCGUUUCGGGGUCAUCAACAUUUUUGCCGCCUAUGCGUAGCCCCCAUCUACGGCGGAACGGAACCGCAAUGGUGCCAUUCGUUCUUGCUAGGUUUGUGCUCAUUUCUGCUGUAAAAUUUUUCGUUUGUGUUGCUAUCGUUUAAUAGAUAUUUCGAGUGAACUCGUCACUCGCAGCCAUUCUGUAUCCUCAUGCUGCAUUUGAGGAAGUCGGACCUUUCCCACUCGGAUGCACAAACGAAGCACAAACAAUUUACACUAUUUUUAGUCAUUUUUAAUCAAAACGGGGUGCUGGUCGACCUCUGAUUCACCUAUAAAAGAAUUGUUAAAUAUCUCAAAAAAACCAUAGCAGCACAAACAAAACUUUUUACAACACAAACAAGCACAAACGAUUGACAUUUUUAUAUAAAUUUGCAUCUGAUGGGAGGCCAACUUCACAGAAGUGUAAAAUUUUGUAAUAAUUUGUAUUUACAGUAAUUUUCAGACUAUAACGCGCACCUGACUAUAAGCCGCCACCCACCAAUUUGAAACGAAAAUGGCAUUUGUUCAUCGAUAAGCCGCACCGGACAGUAAGCCGCAGCUUUCCUCAAAGUAUUAUGGGAUGUUUACACCAAAAGAUAUUAAUCGGUACCACUAUAUUUGGCAGCGGCAUCAAAAGAAUGUCGUAAGAUCAAAUGAACCCCCAAGAAGAUUCAUUUGGCUAUCACUGCUCCCUUGGGGGAGAAAGUCAACUUCUGCUGCCACCUUCUGUCAACACUGUUGUCGUCCAACAUGCCUUCUAACAUGCAUUGCAGCGCUACAGAUGUAAAUAACAAUCAAAAUUCAUGUUCUGUGCUAAUUAUUUCUUCAGUUACUGUUCCAGUUGUUUCAUCAAUUGCUAGUUAUGGUAUUUGGUAACACUUUAUUUGACAGUGGCGCCAUAAGACUGUCAUACGGCCAUCAUAAUUAUGACAUGACAUGAUGACACUGCCAUUAGCAUUAAUGAAUGCUUAUGACAGUUGUCAUUUUGUGUCAUCUGGCAAUUUAUCCUACUUUUUAAUGGAUGUAAAGAUCCGAGCUGGACAUAAAUGGAGUUAGUGACAUGAUUCAUAAAGUCAUUAAUGCCCAUAAUAGUGUCAUGUCAUAAUUAUGACGGUCUUAUGGCAGUCUUAUGACACCGCUGUCAAAGAAAGUGUUACCUAUUAACCCAAAUAACUCAACAAAUAAGCCGCACUGGAAUAUAAGCCGCAGGAUUCAAAACAGAGGAAAAAGUAACGACUUAUAAAAAAUUACAGUAAUCAAUCAUGCUUUGUGCAAGUAACGGUACAAUGCAGUUAAUCAGUCAUCAGAAUUGGUAUCGGUGCAACACUUGUAAUUGAUAAAAGAAACAACUUUUUGAUAUGACACUGUAAAAAUGAAUGUAAUUUAAUGAAUAAUGCUAAGAUUCAAUGAAUUUGAAUCUCAUUAUACUAUGCAAAAGUACUAGAUAAUGUAAUGUCAGUCACUCUGUUUUAAUCUGCUUUGUCACUAUUGUAUAUGAGAUGCAUUGAUAAUAACUUGUGGUUAAUGCGGUUCAAUUGUAUAGCGUUUCUGACAUAGUCAUUAUGCGUUCAGGUUCAAGGGCGGGUUGUAGUGCCACAAUUGCUUUAGUUGCAAUACACUGUAAUUUAACUGUCUGCAUUGUACGAAUAAUACACGAGCUGUUUUC